AUGCGCUAUAACAGGCGGUGUUGGAAAAAGUUGCUUAACAGCCCAAUUCGUCCAAAAUGUUUGGAUCGAAAGCUACGACCCCACGAUCGAGGAUUCAUAUCGGAAACAAAUCGAGGUAGACCGGCAAUGAGAGAGCUCUACAUGAAACAAGGCCAAGGCUUUCUACUUGUCUUCUCGAUCACCAGCAUGUCCUCCCUAAACGAACUUUCCGAGCUCCGUGAACAAAUCAUACGCAUCAAAGACGACGAAAAUGUCCCAAUCGUGAUUGUAGGCAACAAGUCCGAUCUGGAAGAAGACCGGGCUGUUCCCCGCGCUCGUGCAUUUGGUCUAUCGCAAAACUGGGGCAACGCACCAUACUACGAGACGUCAGCGCGACGUCGCGCAAACGUGAACGAGGUCUUCAUCGACCUGUGCCGUCAGAUCAUUCGCAAAGACUCCGAGGGAUCAAGGAGCAGCAGCGACCCAAGCCGCAAGCGAGAAGGCCCCAACCGUCAUGACCGGAAGAGAGACAACCGUCGCCCGAGGAAGCGUGGGCCAUGCGUCAUUCUCUGA